AAGAAAGAUGUCCCAUGCUUUGAAGCAAGUGUUCAAUAAAGACAAAACCUUCCGGCCCAAGCGCAAGUUUGAGCCGGGGACUCAGCGGUUCGAGCUGCACAAGAAAGCCCAAGCCUCGCUCAACGCUGGCCUGGACUUGAAGGUGGCCGUCCAGCUGCCGCCGGGAGAGGAGCAGAACGACUGGGUGGCAGUGCACGUGGUAGACUUCUUCAACCGCAUCAACCUGAUCUACGGCACCAUCAGUGACUAUUGCACGGAGCAGUCCUGCCCUGUCAUGUCCGGGGGGCCCAAGUACGAGUACAGAUGGCAGGACGAGCACAAGUACCGCAAGCCCACGGCCCUGUCCGCUCCCCAGUACAUGAACCUCCUGAUGGACUGGAUCGAGGUACAGAUCAACAACGAGGACAUCUUUCCCACUAACGUUGGUACUCCCUUCCCCAAGAACUUCCUCCCGGUGGUGAAGAAGAUUCUCUCCAGGCUCUUCCGAGUCUUUGUCCAUGUCUACAUCCACCACUUCGACAGGAUCACCCAGAUGGGGUCAGAAGCCCACGUGAACACCUGCUACAAGCACUUUUACUACUUUGUGAAAGAGUUCAACCUAAUAGACACCAAGGAGCUGGAACCGCUGAAGGAAAUGACCUCCCGGAUGUGCCACUGAGAUCAGACCGUCCUGCUCUCACCUCGGCAUCUCUUCCGAGGACACAGAGUCCCACUCCUGCAUUGGAGACAUGAAUCAAGGGGAGAACAGAGACGUUUUCUUAAAGAAAUCUAUAUAUUUUUAAUGAGUUUCAAUGUAAAACUGUGAUAUUGCAGGAAUAUUUUUUUAAAGAUGCUCUAGAUAAACUAGUUUUUUUUAUAGUAAUUUCUAUAAAAAAAAAAAAAAGUAUUUUUGGCCACUUGGUGGGAACGCUCGUCCCCUGAGGAGGGAGGAGCCAGCCUGUGCUGCCUCUCCUCUGCCCCCUCACUGCGGUGGCACCAGGAGCCGAGCCAGGUGCGCCAGGUAGAGCCAUGCCGUGGAGCUGGCGCUGUGAUGGAAGCGGUACGUCCCUCCGGACCCCCACCUCCUAAAUGUGAAGGGAGGUUACGUGUGGGCAUUGGGGAAGAAGUGCUGGUGCACACGGAUUCACUGGGGCACCGCGAGGAGCUGUCUGGUUCCAGCACCUCUUCCGCUGGCUGUGCGGUCAGUUUUUGGACAGAGCUGCUUUUGUGCUCACCCUGCACUUGGCAUCCUGUCCCCAAGGCCUGCCCUUCCUUUCUUUCUCUGUGAAAGAAGUCAGACUUGGGUUUCUUUCAUGGCCAGACCAGAGCUGCUGCUGCUGAUGAUCUAUCCCGCAGCUGUGCUGCGCUGGAGCGCUCCUGUUGUGAAUCUGCUCUUGCCUCUUGCACCAGCGCUGAGCUGAGCUGCUCCUGCUGCACCGCCCCCACGGGGACAGGCUCGGCGCUGGCAGCACUGGGACAGGCGGACCCGCACCUGGUGGGAAUGAGUAGAGGGAAGGUGCUGGGACCAGCACGGGGAGGUUGGCUUCUCAAACACCUGCGCUUCCCUUUCUCCUCGUGGUACGCAGACCCUACCGGGGAACCGGGCUGCUUGCUCUCCAGCCUUGCUUACAGGCUCUGUGUGGACCACUUUCUGCUUCCCGUUAGGGUACUAAACCUUUUCUCUUCCUUAGCAGCGCUUCCCUGCUCUGCCACAUGCGUCUCCUCUUAACCAAAGUGUCUGGUGGGCAGCCAGAGCCAGGGGCCUUACCUCCUGCUUGCACAAGAGCUCUGCUGCCUGGCCAGAGCCUGGCAGUCCCCCCAGGUAGGUAGGUCGGGCUACCUAGGAGCGGGGGGAGAGCGGGGAGCAGGGUUUACAGGGAGAGAAAAGGUUUUUGUGAACAGUGACCAAACUACCACUAACCACUUCUUCAUUAGAAAGUUUUUUUUGUGUCCUGGAAUCUCUGUAUAUACAUGACUCUUGUUUCUUGUGCUAUCGUUAGGACACGCGUACAAAUACCACUAUAGUUCUCUGACAUGGAACCAAUAAAUUAUGCUGUAUUUACAUAGCA